CCCCAAUGAAGUGGAUCGAUUCAUCCCGCCGAAGUGAUCGGCAUACCAAUAAAGAUCCUCAUCACCAUCUAAGUGGGCGCCGAUCCCAACGCCAACCUGAUAAAUCCUUAACACCUCCCAACCUCUCACAUCUUACCCACGAGGUGGCAAUAGUCCCGAUCACCUCGUGAAUGUAGCUUCGAAGACUAGUUUUCUUCUACCAAUGCAGUUCUCAUGUCUCAGAAUUUGAACGUUACCCCCGAUGCCAGGAUCGAUCCCUUGUUCCUCAGAGCUUUCAACUAUGCCGACAAGACUACUACGCUCAAGCUAGAGGACUGGGUCUCCAUCCUAACCCUUUGCUUUUCCCCAUUAAUUGCCCAUAUCCUCGCAGGUGUGCCAACCGUGGUACGACGGUGUCCGCAUCCCCCUAACUGGCUGGAUACUCUCUGCCUGUACAAUCCUACCACGAUCCUCUGGCGAUACCUCGCCAUUGCGGAGCGGCGCGCGAGAUACCGCCACCACUGGAAUGCCGCCAGCAUGGCAGCUAGCAAUGCACUGUUUUGGACAUCGCAGGGCUUCGAUGGAUCGGAGGAGAUGAUGCAGCAGAGUCAGGCGUUCUGCACGCGCAUCCCCCAUUACCAUCGCACGGAUCUUCUGUCCACCGACUCCGUUAAGACACUUAUCACUACCCUUCAGGGCAUCCAGGCUUUCGUAGUUCUAAUCCGCGGUAUCCUCGCCUUGGCCAAUAUCGGAAAUCAGCCAUUCAACGCCAGCAUCGCCAUGAACUCGAUUUUCUACCCACUGGCUGUUUUUGGCCUCCUCCGUCUCUUUGCUGCCCCGUGGCUGACGGAAGACUAUACCUAUGCGGAGCAUGAAAGCUAUGAGAGUAGCCGGAUCUUAGCCUUGGGGCAACACGGUUUGCAUCACUCGCCCGCCUCCACCGUCGUCCAGGGUAGUCACUCCGAGAACAAACAUGCAACAUCUUCUGGUACCCCACUUUUACCGAUGAGCUCGUCGAGCAUUCGGGACCCCUCGCUCGACGCGCCCCCUAGCGUGACCGGCAAAACCCUCGUCCUGAGUGUCCGGAUUAGCUAUCUGUUCCUCAUUUGCGGUAUCUUGGCUCUCUGUGUCUGUUACAUGGUGCCCCAGAAUGGCCUCUCAACCAUCCCUACGCAGUCCCCAUCGGUAUCCGUGCUAUGGAUGCUCCCUAUAGUCUAUAUUGUCUUCAGUGUACUGUCGAUCAUCAUAUUCCUCAUCUACCUCGUCCGCUGCGGGGGACAAACAACCACGGUCAUCCCUUGUAUCCACACCUGGUGGUACCGGGCAUACACGUUGGGCCUCAUGGCAGCGAUCAUCGCCCUGAUCGUGCUCUCCGGCGUCUAUACGCGGCGGACUGCGUGCGGGCAGCUAACCGUCUUUCCACCGGAGUACGACCAGCAGCUGUGCAAUGGGACACCACUGCGCGCCCACGCAGGUCUCGGGCCAUUCGGGAUUCUUACUCAGGCGCCGGCACUCACACCCCAAACUUGGAUCAUGCCAUUGGAGGGGUGGUGCUCGGGGACGUUGACGGGAGAGAUUAUUCCCGUGGUAUCUGUAUCAUAAUCGGCGUAUAGAUAGUAUCAUAAACCAGGUACACAUACUAUCCUCCCAGUUAACACUUGAUAACGUCGCACAAAAGAAAACGAACGAAAAGGAGGAGAGAGAAGAAAAGCACCAUGUAAGAACUUGGAACCGAUUGCAUGACCUGAUGUAUAUAUAUAUUUCUCAAGGCGCAAAUGUCGAACGCUAAAGCAGCAUUUGGGCUUUUAUUUUUUUUAACCAUUCCUCGCAUAGUGAUAGCCGAAGACAGGAUAUAGAUAUCUAUGAGUUCUACCGAAUGACGGACAGAGGUAUCUUCUUGUUCGAGGUUAGCGAUGUACAACGUUGUGCUCAGACUUGAACAAAGCCUAUACAGCAAGGGUAGGAAUACCUUACCGUAGCGGAAUACACCGUAUGUCCUUUCUAUGGCAUAGUAUGAAGGUUUAGCUCAAGUACUCCCUAGGGUCUCCUGGAGAGGAAUCUCCACUCCGGUGGUGUGGGAGUGACCUCACUUUCUGAGAUCAAUCAUUCACAACCGGCAUGAAGUGUGGCGGCCAAAGACGUUAUAUGCCCUUUCCUUUGUUGAGGAUGGAAAUAUCUCAGUUGGUAAA